AUGGUGGUGGCUGAGUUCGGUUUUGGUGGUGGUGGUUUAGGCCACAAGGAGAUGAGGAGCUUUGGCUUGCAAGUUGUCCAUGGAAGAUGGUUCAUGGUUUUUGCUUCAAUGUUGAUCUUGUCAGUGGCUGGAGCAACAUACAUGUUUGGCCUCUACUCCAAUGACAUCAAAACAUCUCUAGGCUAUGACCAAACAACAGUCAAUUUGCUGAGCUUCUUCAAGGACUUGGGGGGCAAUGUUGGGAUCAUAGCCGGCCUCAUCAACGAGUUCACAGGUCCGUGGGUGGUCCUGUUAAUCGGUGCAGUCAUGAACUUUUUCGGGUACUUCAUGAUAUGGCUAGCAGUGACCGGUCGAACGUCGAAGCCCCGGGUGUGGCAGAUGUGUUUGUACAUUUGCAUAGGUGCAAAUUCUCAGACAUUUUCGAACACUGGUGCUGUAGUGAGUUGUGUUAAGAAUUUCCCGGAGAGUAGAGGCAGUGUUUUGGGGCUCUUGAAGGGACUUGUUGGCCUAAGUGGUGCAAUUAUUACACAGCUCUUCUCUGCUUUCUAUGGUGGCGACUCAAAGGCUCUUAUCUUGUUAAUUGGUUGGCUUCCAGCUUCUGUUUCAAUGCUGUUUCUUCCAAUAAUCCGAUUGUUGAAGGUUGUUCGACAACCGAAUGAGCUCAGGGUCUUCUACAAUCUUCUCUACGUUACUCUUGGCCUAGCUGGGUUUCUCAUGUUUUUAAUUAUCAUACAACACAGCCUGAGAUUUUCAAGAAUUGAGUACAUUGGAAGUGCUUCAGUGGUGCUUUUGUUACUCUUUCUUCCGCUCGCCGUUGUUAUUUUCGAAGAAUUCAAAAUCUGGAAGAGCAAAAUGAAAGCAUUGAAUGAUCAAUCUCAGCUCAAAGUAGUAGCUGAGAAUCCAGCUCCUCCUGUUCAAGUAGCCCUGCCACCUGUUGCAGCACCACCAUCUCCACAGACCCAGCAGAAGCCAAAUUCUUGCUUGCAAAAUGUUUUCAGCCCACCAGAUAGAGGUGAGGACUACACCAUACUGCAAGCAGUUUUCAGCAUUGACAUGUUGAUCUUGUUCAUUGCUAUAACCUGUGGUGCCGGUGGGACAUUAACCGCCAUCGACAACUUGGGUCAGAUUGGGGGCUCAUUAGGCUACCCAACUCACAGCAUAAGCACUUUUAUAUCUCUGGUAAGCAUCUGGAAUUACCUUGGAAGAGUUACCUCUGGUUUCUCUUCAGAAGUACUUUUGAAAAAGUACAAGUUCCCUCGUCCCCUCUUGCUCACUCUUGUGCUUCUUUUAUCAUGCGUUGGCCAUCUUCUAAUCGCAUUUGGCGUCCCCAACUCUCUCUACGUUGCUUCUGUGAUUAUUGGGUUCUGUUUUGGGGCACAAUGGCCAUUGAUUUUUGCCAUCAUUUCAGAAAUCUUUGGCCUCAAAUACUAUGCCACUUUGAUCAAUGUUGGUGGUGCUGCUAGCCCUAUUGGGGCUUACCUUCUGAAUGUGAAAGUGGCUGGUAAUUUAUAUGAUGCAGAGGCCUUGAAGCAACUGAAAGCUUUGGGUAAGGUUAGGGAAGCAGGUGAGGACUUGACUUGCGAAGGAGUGCAUUGUUACAGAUUGGCUUUCAUUAUAAUGGCUGCAGUGGCUUUGUUUGGGAGCCUUGUUUCAUUUAUUUUGGUGAUCAGGACUAGAAAAUUUUAUAGAAGUGAUAUUUACAAGAAGUUCAGAGAGGCAGCUGAGGCAGCUGAAUCUGAUGUAGCUGCUUCAAGUGGCAUGGUGCCUUUGACAGAAAUAGAGGCCAAAACUGCUGCUGCUGCUGCUGCUCCAAGUUCAGCCUCCUCUGCAGCACCACGAGGUUCAGAGACCAACUUGGAUUUGAAAAAUAGGGCAGGGGAAAAUCAAUGA